AUGACCAUAGUACAAACUUUGAUGCGUUCCAUGAAAACUUCAGGUGGCUUGACUAGUAGCCGAAGUUUUAAAAGUAGUGUUCUCAUUCGCUGGCUUCUAGGCGUCAAAAUUGCAAGUGCAAUUAAUGACCAAGUGGAAAAACUUGCCAAUAUUUUUAGUUUAACCUCUGAGCAACACGUCGAUCAACGUGAUUCCAGAAUUAAAACUGAUACUGAGCAUGCCGAAAAACUUUCAGUUAAUUGA